AUGGGAAAAAUCAUCAUUUAUGAGUAUGCCGACUUCCAGGGUUUGUCCAAAGAAUUCACCUCUGAUAUUGCCAGUCUCAAAGAUGCAGAUUGGAAUGAUCUUGCCUCCUCAGCUAAAGUAAUUGGUCAGCCUUGGGUGGCUUAUGAGCGUGAGAACUAUGGAGGUCGAUUUCUGGUACUUGAGGAGGGAGAACAUAACUUUGUUGGUAAAGAUAUGAAUAAUACGAUCAGUUCUCUGCAGAUGAUCACUGAAGAUCUGAGCAAUCCUGAGAUCACUCUCUAUGAGCAUCCCAACUAUCAAGGGAAGAGCAGAAUAAUAACAGAAGCAACCAACCUGGCUGCAGGACACGACAAUAACAUCAUGUCUUCUCACAAAGUCCAGAGAGGUGUCUGGCUGCUGUGUGAGUGCAGAGAUGGAAGUGGAAUUCAAUACCUUGCCCGAGAGCACGAGCACCUUCCAGAUUACAAUGCAAUCAAGUUCAAUGACAAGCUUUCUUUCCUGCGUCCCCUUCGCCCUGGCUGUGGCUGUUAG